AUGGGAGACCAGAGGUCAGUCCAGCCCCUCCUGCUCCUUCUGCUGCUCCUGCUGCUCCUCGCCAGGCUGUCACAGCUAUGGGCCUUCCCCUUCAGCCCCUCUCUGGACUUGGAUGUCACUCCCAGGACAACUGUCGUCUCCAAAGGUCUGUUGGGCAGCUCCCGCUUCACCGGCUCUUCCCGGAACUACAGCACCCUCCUGCUGGAGGAGGAGUCCGGCCUGCUGUACGUGGGAGGCAGAGGAGCUCUGUACGCACUCAACACCUCCAACAUCUCCGCACCUGCGAACCUCACGAUUGAUUGGGAUGCUUCCCCUGAACAGAAGAAGCAGUGCCUAAACAAAGGCAGAGACAAUCAGUCGGAGUGUUACAAUCACAUCCGCUUUCUGCAGCGGUACAACGAGACUCACCUGUACGUCUGUGGAACAAACGCCUUCAGACCGCUCUGCGCUUAUAUAGAUGCAGAGCGGUUCAGCUUCUCCUCAGGCUUCGAGGAGGGCAGAGACAGAUGUCCCUAUGACCCGGCGAAGGGAUACACUGGCCUCCUUGUGGACGGCGAGAUGUUCACGGCCUCUCAGUACGAGUUUCGCAGCUCUCCGGACGUGCGCAGAAACUUCCCCUUCCCCACGCUCAGGACAGAGGAGGCCCCAACCCGGUGGCUUCUGGAGGCUGAUUUUGUGGGCUCCGUGCUGCUGAAGGAGAGCAUCAACAGCUCCAUCGGGGACGACGACAAGAUAUACUUCUUCUUCACGGAGAGAAGCCAGGAGCAGAUCGCCUACCCGAGCCAGACCAAGGUGUCCAGGGUCGCCCGAGUCUGCAAGACGGACUGGGGUGGCCAGAGGACCCUGCAGAGGAAGUGGACCUCCUUCCUCAAGGCCAGGAUGGUGUGUUCAGUCCCAGAGUACGAGCUGCACCUCAAUAUCCUGCGCAGUGUGUUUGUCCUGCAGGGUCGGGACGCUCAAAGCAGCGUUUUCUACGGCAUCUUCGGCCUGGAAUGGAAGAAUAUCAAAGCUUCUGCUAUCUGCCAGUACGCCUUCUCAGAUGUACAGAAGGUUUUCGAGGGGCCGUACAUGGAGGUGCAGGACUCAAAGUGGAGGGAGUACACAGGGAAGGUGCCGGAGCCAAGACCUGGAUCUUGCAUAACAGAUCUGCACAGGUCCCAGGGCAUCAACUCAUCCCGAGACCUCCCAGACAAUGUCCUCACUUUCGCUAGAAGGCACCCACUGAUGGCCAGCCAGGUGCACCCAAUAGGGGUUCGUCCUCUCUUGUUCAAGAGGAGUGUCAACUAUGUCAAGAUAGCCGUGCACAAGGAGCCGGCACUGGAUGGAAACAUUUAUACUGUUCUGUUUUUGGGAACUGAUGACGGGUGGUUGCACAGAGCUGUAGACGUAGACGGAGAAAUGCAUAUCAUAGAGGAGCUGCAAUUGUUUGAUAAACCGCAGCCCAUAGAGAGCAUGGUCAUAUCCGCAGCUCUGCGGAGCAUCUAUGUUGGCUCCCACUCUGGAGUGGUGCAGGUACCGAUGUCAGCCUGUCAGAGAUACACUUCCUGCUACGACUGUGUGUUUGCCAGAGAUCCGUUCUGUGGCUGGGACGGGAGGGUGUGUGUGGAAAUAUCCUCACGUGCACAGAGGUCAAACCUCACCCAGGACAUCCUGAGAGGGGUCAGGGGCUGCAGGGAGAAUUCAGGAAAUGUUGUCCACCGGAGGCGUUCUGUGAUGUCGGGUGAUGACGUGCUACUACAGUGUGAGCUACGCUCCAACCUGGCAACUCCACGCUGGACUUUGAACGGCAAAGAACUCCAGGGAUACGACCUGAAUUCUGGCUACCGCAUCGGCACAGAUGGCCUCCUCAUAAUCGGAGCUCGUGCCCAACAGAGCGGGUCUUAUCGCUGCUUCGCUGUCGAGAACUCAGUCUCCGUGCUGGUUUAUCUUUACACAGUCAGGGUGCACACUGACCCGUACUUCCCCGUGGAGCCCACGGCCACGACUAACCCCACCACAGUCUCCAGCCCAACUGUUUUCUCCACCAGCAGCCCCACUGAGCAGCCUCUGCCCUCACCUCCCGCCCCGCUGCCUCCAGGACCGGAGUACCAGACCUACAGACACAUGGAGGCCGUGUACAUCUCUCUGGUGGCGGUUCUCGGAGGGCUCUGCUUGGUGUUGACUGUGGUGCUGCUUUACGUGAGCUUCUGCACCAGACGGGCCUCUCGGGACCGAAAGUUCUCUCAGCAAGGGCUGCAGGUCCUGGGGGCCUCUGAGAGAAAAAGGAGCUCGCAUCUUGAACUCAAAACCAUCUCCAGCCACUGCAAUGGCCGCCAAGGUCGUCGGUCCGUCUCGGUGCCAACCUUCGGGGACAUGGGCGAUGGUUUCCUCCAGAUAGUUCCAGGCGAGGGCCAGAUGUCUCCGACAAAAACGCCUCCUCCAGCCCCUCCUCUCCCUAUGCCACCUCCGCUCCCCAACAUGGACUAUGCCAACGGGCUGUCGGCCACUCUGCCCAGCGUGCUGAGGAAGAUGAACGGGAACAGCUACGUGCUGCUGAGGCAGGCCGACCCCGAGGGCAUGUCGCCGCUCUACCACUCCUUCACAGAGGAGCUCAACAGGAUCCUGGAGAAGAGGAAACACACACAGCUUGACCUGCAGCCAGAUGAGAGCUCCAUCUAG